AUGAAUUUCACUCACGACGAGGAGGGCGGCGCCGGCCGCUCUGGACGUCAUAUGAGCGUCUCCAACUAUUUCAAUAACAUGGGAGCGCCGACUUAUGACAACACUCGACGCAGGUCUUCCGUUAUGCCCGCUGCGGCAGUCGGGGCGCAACAAGAUGCAGUCGUCUUCAACCAGAGAGAUGACACUCUUCGCAAGAUGUCCGUGGCUGUCCCAAACCUGGCUGAACUUACUGCCGAUGCCCAAGCGGCCGCGGAUCUGGAACACAAGAUGGGCUUUCGUGAGGGAUGCAGACUCUAUCCCAAGGCCAUUAUGUUUUCGUUUUGCUUGUCGCUGGCUGUUAUCAUGGAAGGCUAUGACACCUAUCUUCUGGGCAACUUCUUUGGUCUGACCACUUUCGCUCGCAAAUACGGUGAACCCGCGGGGAUCAAAGAUGGGGUCCAGACAUAUCAAGUAUCUGCAUCAUGGCAAUCUGCUCUCCAAAACGGCACCGCUGCCGCCCAAAUCAUCGGACUCAUGCUCAACGGCAUCAUCUCGGAGAGGAUUGGGUAUCGUUGGACAAUGAUUGGAGCCUUGAUAUUUCUGAUUGCAGUCAUCUUCAUUACCUUCUUCGCUGUCAACGUCCGAAUGUUGCUGGCCGGCUAUGUCUUGUCUGGUCUUCCAUGGGGUGUCUUCCAGACCCUCACAACCACGUAUGCGGCAGAGGUCUGCCCCGUGCCUCUCAGACCAUACCUGACCACCUAUGUCAACCUGUGCUGGGUCAUUGGCCAACUCCUUGCCGCCGGUAUCUUGAAGGGCUUUGUCAGCUCCUCUUCAGAAUGGGCCUAUCGUGUACCUUAUGCGAUUCAAUGGAUCUGGCCCAUCCCUAUCGCCACCGCUGCCUUCCUCGCUCCCGAAUCCCCAUGGUGGUUGGUACGUCACGGGAAGCUUGAUGAGGCUCGUCGGGCCCUGUUCAAGCUUACUUCGAAGAAGAAUAGCGAAUUCAACGUGGAAGACACUCUUGCGAUGAUGAUCCACACCAAUGAGCUAGAAAUCCAACAGACGGCCGGUACUUCGUACUUUGAUUGCUUCAAGGGAGUCGAUCUGCGACGCACCGAAGUCACCUGUUUCACCUGGCUCAUUCAACAGACCUCGGGCUCUCCCAUGAUCGGAUGGGGUACUUAUUUCAUGAUUCAAGCCGGUCUCGCCGAGGGCAACGCAUACUCUCUGGGGGUCGGACAAAGUGCCAUGGGCUUUUGCGGCACUGUGCUAUCGUGGUUCUUGAUGCCACACUUUGGCCGACGCACCCUGUACCUCUGGGGUCAAUGUGGCAUGUUUAUUAUAUUGAUGAUCAUCGGUGGGUUGGGUGUCCCGAGCUUAUCCACGUCGGUCGGCUGGGCUUCGGGCGCAUUGAUCCUCAUUUUGACCUUCAUCUAUGACUUUACCGUCGGACCGGUCUGCUAUUCUCUGGUUGCGGAAAUUCCAUCGACCCGUUUGCGGAUCAAGACGGUCGUGCUGGCCCGGAAUGUCUACAACAUCAUGGGUAUCGUUAUUGGCACUUUGCAGCCUCGGAUGAUGAACCCGACUGCAUGGAACUGGCGUGGGAAAACCUGCUUCUUCUGGGGCGGCCUCAACCUCCUUGGUUUCGUGUGGACCUAUUUCCGUCUCCCUGAGCCAAAGGGACUCACCUAUGCUGAGCUCGAUGUGCUGUUCGAAAACCACGUUUCUGCUCGCAAAUUCAAGACCGUCAAGGUUGAUCCAUUCCGUUCGGACAACCUCGUCGUCGUUCCUGACGAGGAUGUCAGCAGCCACGAGGGCGGGGAGAAGAAGGGGUUCUAG